CGUUGAUGCGAGUUGCUUGUGGAUGGGCACAUCUCGACCUAUUAGUAGAUGUUUGGAUUUUGUCAGUAUCGUAUCUCUCUGUACCGCAGCCAGUAAUACUUUCCCAGAUCAUGACCGUCGUCAGUCGCAUUUUGAGCGCUUCCAGUAAGAUUCUCCUGUUGCCAUCGCGAAGCAUUGCCACAACAUCAGCGUCGUACAUAAAGCCCAGUGCCUUCGUCCAGGUAGCCCAAACCGCCAGCAGAUUCCGGAACGUAACGAUGCUCUCCGAACGCAAACCAUUCACGCCGGAUUUCUUCUUCCGUCAGCUUUUCGAUGAAAAAUCGUGGACCUACAGCUACCUUCUGGGAGAUAUCAACUCCAAAGAAGCAAUCAUCAUCGAUCCCGUAUUGGAGCAAGCCAAGCGAGAUGCCAAGCUGGUUCAGGAAUUGGGCUUCAAGCUUACCUAUGCAUUGAACACUCACAUGCAUGCCGAUCAUAUCACCGGCACCGGAUACCUCAAGCAGUUGCUUCCCGGAAUGAUUAGUGUUAUUUCCGAGGCCAGCGGAGCCAAAGCAGAUAAGUAUCUGAAGGACAAUGAGAUCGUCAAGUUCGGACGAUUCGAGCUGAAGGCGAUGAGUACUCCGGGACAUACCAACGGAUGCAUGACUUAUGUCGUUGAGGAACAGGGCGUUGCUUUCACCGGAGACACGCUGCUGAUUCGUGGCUGCGGACGUACCGAUUUCCAAGAAGGCGAUUCUCGUACCCUGUACAAGUCGGUACAUGAGAAAAUUUUCACCCUUCCGGAGAAUUUCAGGCUUUUCCCAGCUCACGAUUACAAGGGUAACAUGGAGACCAGCGUGGCCGAAGAGAAGCAGUACAAUCCACGCCUUACGAAGGAUAUCGACGCUUUUGUAGAGAUAAUGGCCAACUUGAACUUGCCCUACCCGAAGAUGAUUGACAAAGCUGUACCCGCUAACCGUGAAUGUGGCCUGUACGAUAUCCCCAAGGAUGAGUAAUGUGGACCUUGCCUGAAAAUUGUUAACUCGGUGGAAUAUCUACUUAUGAUUCGAAGCAAUAUCGCACUUUGACGCAGUAUUUCAUGAAAAAUUUUGUGUAUUGCUCACAUUUUUAAGCUUUAAAAAUCCAGGUUUGUUUAAAUUUAUAAUAUCUAUUUUCUAUCAUA